UUCAGAGUUGGCAGCUCCAACUACAACUUUAACUCCAACACCGCGGAGCUUCAUCCACCGUCCCCAUUCCUCUAACACCCUUUCUCCUUCCUCUCUCUCUCUCAUAACCACUCCUUGUUCUUCACAGUAACAAUGAAUGUCGGUCGCUCAUUACAGCGACUCGGUCUCCUCACCUCUCGCCCUUCCGUGAGGAGCUUCUCAAGCUCCCUCCAAGUUCGGUCGCCCGCGCAACCCCCGCGGGGCUGGACCCCAACACCCUUCGUAACAGAGACAGGAGGUGGCUGGCACACCUGUACGUGGAUCCUGCAAUCAAUUACACAAGCACUCUCUAACCGCAGAUCUUAUGCAGAUGACAUCUUCUCUAGACUACUCAAGGAACGGAUUAUCUGCCUGAAUGGCGAAGUCGACGAAACCAUGUCCGCGUCCAUCGUCGCGCAGCUCCUCUUCCUCGAAGCCGAUAACCCUCAGAAACCAAUCCACCUCUAUAUCAAUUCCCCCGGAGGUUCUGUAACAGCCGGUCUCGCUAUCUACGACACAAUGACUUACAUUGCCUCUCCCGUCUCCACAAUAUGCGUCGGCCAAGCUGCGUCCAUGGGCUCCCUACUUCUCUGCGGUGGGAACGCUGGCCAGCGCUACUGUCUUCCGCACUCGUCGAUCAUGAUUCACCAGCCGUCUGGUGGAUACUUCGGGCAAGCAACGGACAUUGCGAUUCAUGCGAAGGAGAUUCUGCGAGUGCGGCACCAGUUGAACCGGAUUUACAAAAUGCACUUAACGGGGAAGAAGGAGAUGUCGAUUGACGAGAUUGAGAAGUUGAUGGAACGGGAUUACUUCAUGGGGGCGCAGGAAGCGCUGGAUCUGGGGAUUGUGGAUAAGAUUCUGGACCGCAGGGUUCAGAGCACUGCGAACGGAGAAGAGAAUAAGUAGUAAGAAUAAUAGACAACACCGAGAGACAUCUACUAAAGAGGAGGACCGUGUUAAUACCCGUGGCAUGUUCCUUUUUUUUUUAUGAAACUUCAAAUGUAAUAUUAGUUCAAUGAUAUGUAUGACAAAGUCUUAAUGCUCAUGAACCUGUGUGUCUAAUAGUAAGGCCCAAGUAUGGGGGGAAACAAAAAAGCCUAAAACGCCCCUAGUAUAUCG